AUCUAGUCUCAAAUUACAAUUUAUGAGAACCAAAUCAAUAUAAAUUAGGUUAAAACUCUAUUAGAGUAAACUAUUUAUGGAAUUUCAAUACAUUUUGACUAUAUUUUUUGCCUAUUACAAUCAUUUAGUUUAAAUAUUCUAGCAAUUAUUCAAAGCCAAAGUCUACUAGAACUCGUCGCUUUAUGCUUAACAACAACGAAAUUUAUGAACAAACAAAAGGCACACCGAUGGGAUCACCAAUAUCAGGACUUAUCGCAGAAGCAGUGAUGCCGAGACUAGAGGCCUCGAUCUUACCAGUGAUCAAGCAAAAAAUUUGCAUUCGUUAUUUGGACGACACAUUCGUCAUCGUCAAAAAGGAUGAGCUGGAAAACACCUACAGGCUGAUCAACAACGUCUUCGAUGACAUCAAGUUCACAAUGGAACAGAAGUCAAACGACAAACUAUCAUUCUUGGAUGUAGUGAUCACCAGAACCGACAAAGUUAAACUGGAGACUCAAUUGUAUAGGAAGCCGACCCAUACAGAUCAAAUUCUCAACUACAAUAGCAACAACCCAACAGCUCACAAAAUCAACUGCGUACGAACUCUUUUCAAGAGGACAAGGACACACUGUAACACACAGCACGGAUAAAUGAAGAAAAAUACUUGAAGACCAUCUUUCAAAAGAAUGGCUACCCAAUCAACUUCAUCAAAAAUAAAAUCAAGUACAGAAAUCAGCAAAAGGAUCAUACUAUCAUACAUAACAGUCAUAUCAGAAACGACACGGAGAUUGCUGAAAACCUUCAGAAUAGUUGUAGCACACAAACCGACGAAAUUACUACAAUCAAUCCUAUGCAAACCAAAGGAUGAAAUGACAAAAGAAGACAAACCAAACAUCUACAAAAUAAAUUCUGUCAACUGCGAAAAACACUACAUCGGACAAAGCGGACACCCUUUUCAUCUUCACCUGCAUAAACAUCAAUUAGCAGUCAAACGCCAUGACAUGUCCUCACUUAUAUCAAUGCAUGUGGACACACAUUCGAUUGGAAAAAU